AUGUAUUACUACCUGUUCCAACUUCUCAUAUUGGGUAAUGUUUUACUCUCUGAGGUAUUGGGACAUGGAAGACUGGUCGAACCCCCGUCCAGAGCGUCUAUGUGGAGAUAUGGGUUUGACAAUCCACGUGAUGACGACGAUCAGGAGGGAAAUUGUGGCGGUUACAGCUUACAAUGGGACGUGAACAAUGGAGAAUGUGGAAUAUGUGGAGAUGCGUGGAAUUUGCGAGAGCCUCGGCCACAUGAAACGGGAGGUAAAUACGGCAAUGGCGUAAUAGCGAGGAAAUAUCGUGCUGGUACUAUGAUUCCGAUAAAAGUAGAAAUAACAGCGUUUCAUGAAGGAUACUUCGAGUUUCGCUUAUGCCCGAUGAAACAACGGGGUGUCGAAGUGACGGCCGAAUGUUUGGAUCAAAAUAUUCUAAUUGGAGCAGAUGGGAAGUCCUGGUAUUUCCCGCAAUAUGGACCAGGCCUUGUCGAUCUCAACUACAAGCUACCUGCUAAUAUGACCUGUGAGCAAUGUGUACUCCAAUGGAAAUACGUAACCGGAAAUAGUUGGGGCGAUUGUGGCGAUGGAAUUGAGGCUGCCGGCUGUGGUCCGCAGGAAGAAUUCAGGGAUUGUGCAGAUGUUUCAAUUAGUGACAAUUAA